UUUCCUUCUUUUUCCCCCCCACCUCUUUGUUUCCCAUUGAGUCGAUGUGGAAACGUUCACCUAGAUCGGAGGACAACUCUGGGAACGACUCAACUCAACAUCAUCUAUCUGAGCUGGGUUUCCUAGGUCGAUCCAAAAAGUCCAAAAAAUUUCAAUCGCAGCCAGAAUCAUCCUCUCGUUCACCUCUCCGUUCAUUUCGCUCAUUCACUCGGGGCGUGAUAGACAGACCUAGCAGCAGUCUUUCAAACCAGACCAAUAUUACCCGGCCAAGAGCACCCUCGACUGUCGCAGGAUCGAUUAAUUCUGCUUACCCAGAACCCGCCGGUCAACCUGCGCAUUCAAAUCGCUCACGAGCAUCAUUUAAUUCAAGAUCGGGACGGACCACCGGCCCAAUGGAGGUAGAUCGCACCCACACACGGAGGGAGAGGACUUUUGUCGGGAGCGAAUGCGCCGUCUGCGAGGAACCCUUGGAGCAUACCCUACGCGGCGAGCGUGUUCUGCAGCUCUCGUGCUCCCAUGUCUCCCACGAGGCCUGUUUCUAUGAAUUUCUGCGGGAAUGCGAUGGACAAUACUGCCCAACCUGCAAUGCGCCAUUGGCCCUGGACACAAGUCGCGGUGGAAAUGUCUUGGAUAUCGAGAAAAUCAGUAAUAUUGUUCGCUCAGUGACGUCGCAUGAUACCGCUACAGUACGCAGUGGCUUGACAACACCAACUCCAUGGGAGCAGUCGAGUCGACGACCACCAAGUGAUUCUGGCAGUCGCUACACCUCGGGUACCCGAGAGCCACCCCCUCACACCUCUUCAACGAGGGAGCCAUCUUACAACCCUUCAGCAAAAGAACCAUCCUACAACCCCUCGAGAGAUUCAUCCUAUAAUCGACGAGAUAGCCGUGAUACCAGCAGCCAGCGUGAGCGCGUAGAGCGAUUGACUGUGGGCUCUAAUCCUCGUCAACCCCACUCCCGGAAUGGCAGCGCGGCCGGCUCAUCGGGCGAAUACAAUGAAGGCCAACACAGCAGUGGGCGGCGCCAUGAUUACGAUGUUCAAGCUAUGGAGUCAGACAUCAGUCCUCGCCCCAAGGUCGCCAAGAAUCCCAUUCCCGCGCCGAUAGUCACUGUCCGAAGCGAGUUUCCGACUAUGAACCGAUCCCGCCAACAGCAGACCCUCACGUGUCUGAUUACGGUCGAGGUGCCAGAUGCCAAUUGGCGUCCUGACUUGGAUGAUCUACGACAUACACCUUCAGGACAGUCGCAGCCGGAUGAGCCAUACACGGGACGAUUUGGUGCACAGGAUGCGCGAUCGAUUCAGCAUGAACCGACGGAGAAUAUGGAAGAAGUGGCCGAGGAAUUGCGCAACCGGGUGGACAAUUGGCACGGUCUUGAGUUCCAACGGUUUGGCAAGCUGCGCCUCCACGGACACAUGCGCGUGGGCAAGGAUCGGGAUUCCUGGCAGGAGUUGGAAUGCUAUCUCUUCGGAGAGAUGCUUAUCUGUGUCAAGGAGAAGAAAUCGGCCGACCCCCAAUUUGAUGCCAACGGGCGACGCAAGCCUGUUCGUUGCAGUCUCAAGGGCUCAAUUUUGAUUAAGAAGCAUUUAAAGUCCAUCGAGGUGUCGCCAGAUGAACCUAUUCUCUCCUUGAACCUUUCUGUCUCCGAGCUGCCUUGUUUCUUCCUUCGCUUCCAGAAUCGCAACCAGCUUGAGACGUGGCGUCGGUCUUUGAUCGAUUUGCACCCGGAGGCCCUUUCACGCCACAAUGACUAUGACUAUGACAACUCGGGAGCGGAGGAGGAUGACUACCGUGGUAGCCGUGGAAUCCAACGACAGGCUUCUAUCAAUUCGUCUUACGGCGCAGGAAAAUCCAUCAAUACCGCUAUUACAGACUACACCAACCCCGACUACGCCCACCCCGACGCAGAAUUCCCUGCAAUCAACACUGUUCAUAUUCCCCUCGAUCUUGUUGUGGUCAUUCCGGUAUCCUCGUCUAUGCAAGGCCUGAAGAUUACUCUCCUGCGUGAUGCCCUCAAAUUCCUUGUACAGAAUCUCGGCCCUCGGGACCGGAUGGGUCUCGUGACUUUUGGCUCGAGUGGUGGAGGUGUGCCCCUGGUUGGUAUGACCACCAAGUCUUGGGCUGGAUGGCCCAAGAUCCUCGAAUCGAUCCGGCCGGUUGGACAAAAGAGUCUCCGUGCGGACGUGGUUGAAGGUGCCAAUGUCGCCAUGGAUCUUCUGAUGCAGCGCAAAUUCAACAACCCCGUCUCGACCAUUCUUCUGAUCAGCGACUCUUCUAUCUCCGACCCCGAAAGCGUUGAUUUUGUAGUCUCCCGCGCGGAAGCUGCCAAGGUCAGCAUCCACUCGUUUGGUCUUGGAUUGACCCACAAGCCCGAUACUAUGAUUGAGUUGUCUACUCGUACUAAGGGAUCUUACUCAUAUGUGAAAGAUUGGAUGAUGUUGCGAGAAUGUGUUGCUGGAUGCCUGGGCGCGUUGCAGACAACUUCCCACCAAAACGUCAAGUUGAAGCUCCGCCUACCUGAAGGGUCACCCGCCAAGUUUGUUAAGAUUAGCGGCGCUCUUCACACCACAAAGCGUGCAACUGGCAAAGAUGCCGAAGCCGCACUGGGAGAUCUCCGAUUCGGUGACAAGCGCGACGUCUUGGUUCAACUUGUCAUCCAGCCCGAUAACGCCACGCAGGACAACAUGCCGCAGGAUCCAUGGGAGAGCCUAGUCUCUGGAUUGGAGGCUCUCGGCGGCGGUUCUGAUGGCGAUGAAAGCCGAGUUCUGAGUGUUGAAGAGGUCCCAUUGAUCCAGGCUGAUCUAACCUACGGCGACCUGCUCCGUGAUGGCCAUCUCACCCACUCCCCCCGCCCUUCACUCCUGGCCAUUACCAUGUUGCCCCCUAAUCCUCGGGCCAAGGGUCACCGAUCCUCGACCCCUCCAAUUCCUCCCCACCCCUCGAUCGUGCAGCGCCGCAUGGAGCUGCUCACUUCCGACAUGUUGACCCGUGCUCUCACUCUGGUUUCUCGGGGUCAGCAUGAUCGCGCGAUGCAUCUCCUCAACGAAACCCGCAGCAUCCUCAAAGGCCUGGGCAAGGGUGGCCUGCCACCUCUGCCCCAGGGUGCUUCCCGAUCCGACGGCGAUGCCGACAGCCGCGGUGACACCCCAGUCUCGGCCUCCUCUCCUAAAUCGUCUACCUUUAGUGGAACCCAUUCAUCCGCUUCCGAUACCAACACUAUCACACCACCCUCUGCGGUCGAUGCUCAGACGAUGAUUGCCCUGAACGCAGAUCUAGAAUCGUCCUUGGAGUGGAUCAACCACCCGGCAGUCUUCGGGCGUGAUUCACGCAAGGCAGUGCUACAGAGCAUUGGUGUGAUCUCCUCACAGCGCGCCUACACCUUCCGCACUCCAUCCGAAGCUCACUGGGCCCAGCGCGUCUCCGGUGUGCGUCGUUUGACGGAGCGAUCCCAAGACUGGCGCGAGACUGGCGACGAUGCUUUGACGGAGGAGUAG